UUUGACAACCUGAUUACUGAGCUGGAUUCACGCCUACAGGCCUGGGGCGCUGUCGAUUACCUGCCAACUGAGGCACCCGAAGACCACCUGCCUAUCAACCUACGUGCCGCCAAACGUAAAGCACUCUACUACUUUGAGAAGCUGCUUCAAACACCUGUUUACUACACUGCCACGACUCUCCACCCGCGCUAUAAAACAUACUUCAAG